AUGACAUGUGUGAUAUGUUUGAUGGUUGUGUUCUUCUCAAGAUCGCCAGAAUACGUCUCUAUUGAGAGGAGAGAAGACUCGGGAGACGCUAAAUCACCAUUUAAUGAGGGCGGAAGAGUGAUCGUACGGAAGGAUCUAAACCUAGGAUUGACUGCAUUGCCUCCAUUCAAACACCAUAUAAGUCAUCUUGUAGUAAGUGAAGUAUAUAUUAUACAACAUUUCUCCUUGAUUUUUUUCAAUUGAACUAUCAUUCUGUCGGGAAUAUAAUGUGGUUUUGUCGCAGCGUAUAAAAUUCGGUGCCUUGUUCGCAGUUCGUGCACCAACGCUUCAGAUAACCUUUGCAAGCGCUGAUGGAUGAUUUCAAAGCCCGACGGAUCCACAUUAUUCUCUCGGCAGAGUGAUAUUAUGUAUAGUCUGACAUAAAAUACUGAAUCUUUCAGCAUGCCAAGAAAUACAACCUGGCGGCAUGUCUCAUUCCAAAGGCAAUGUCAACGAUCAUGACAGCAGUCCUUUGCUUUCUCAACGCACCAAACGCAUUUAGAGCGGCCAAUCGGACAUUCGGCACGGAGAAGUGGCCAACUAGGUAAGGGAUUUUUUCAACUUGACCCUGAUAUCAGUCUGUCGGGAAAAUAAUGCGGAUCUGUCGGAAAAAAAUUUCUUAUACCAAAGUCUCCAUCCGCGGUUAGCUGUUGCAAAGUGAUUAUGGAAGAUCUUGGGGCGCGACAAAUCCACAUUAUUUUCCCGACAUCAUAAUAACUGAUCACUGAAAACUUUUUAACAUAUCAAUUUUGCAGGUUUUGCAAAGACGCUAUUGAGUCAUUUCGAGUCCAGGAAUGGGCCGCGAAAAACAACGCCACGGACUUUACGUACUUCACAAUUGUCAGAGAGCCAAUCUCCCGAUUCAUUGCGGCUUUUACCGACAAAUGCUACUAGUAAGUUAACGUUACGAAAGAAAUAAGGACAUCUCUGUUUUUCAGUGAACCAAAAAAGCUGAAUUGGGUGAACUGUUUCGACUGCGGCUACGACAUGGAAUGUGUUAUCAACAGCAUGUGGGAGAGGUAUAGCGCCUUCGCCCGAGGGGAGAAUGUCACGUUAACCUAUGUGGAUCAACAUCUCAUUCCAAUCACAUGGUGGGUCUUCUUUAAUGGACCUUGAUUUUAACACAUGCUAUGAGUCUGUCGGGAAAAUAAUGUGGAUUUCUCGUGCAAAAUAUAAUGUGGAUCAACCGCCCAUCAUCGCCGCGGCUGGAGAUUUAGAGCGGAAGAGGCUAGACAUUUUGUCGAAAAAAACAGUUGAUAAAAUACGCUAUUACUGCGACCUAUUAACGAUGCUGUGCCAGCGUCUUUGAGGAUUAUAAUAACACCGACACGAGACCAGCAACGGCUGGCAAAGGGCCAUAACUUGAGUUGCUUCGUACCCUGCCAAAAUCGGGGCACUUCCGAGUUUUUAGCAAUAUAAAGCCUCGACUAUGCCGUAAGGCUUAGAAAUAUACCCCUGACGAAGCUUCAAUAAGCCCUCUAUUAGUCUCUAAGUAUGUUGAAAUAAAAAGGGACCUGAGCUAGAAAAUAAUCGACUUCAAACUUUUGCAAGAAAAUGGUCAUCACUCUGUAUCCAAUAAUAUUUACAUUGUUGCAGGAAUUGCGAGUUCUCGGACAUGCGCGGAAAGUACGUGAUAUUCGACUACGCCAAGCAAUCCAGCCCACAAUACAACGACUUCAAAUGGGAGUUCUCGAAACUGUUGAAGCGCUCCAACGUCUCCGAUGAGCUGAUUGGCCAAGUCCUCGAUGGUUUGUCAAAGCAUUCAUCUCCGCACACCACCGAAAAUAAAGAGGAAAGGAUACGAUUUGAGAGAGAAUUGGCAUCAAAGCCGCAUUUGCUGAGGAAAUUGGUUGAUAUCUAUUAUUACGAUUUUGUCAUCUUCGGGUAUCCCAUUCCUCCAAUUGCAGAGUUGUAA